UCAACGCAGCUUCUGUUUUCUGAACCAAUCCCAUCUUCGCGUUCCCUUUCUUCUUAUCAUAUAUAACCUCUCCCACAAACCAAUCCUAAUUUGCGUUCCCUCUCUGUGUCUCUCUUUUUUUUUUUUUUAUAUAUAUAUUCUCCCCCACCCAACCCCACCUUAGCUUUUCAUUCAGUUCCAUAUAACAAUUCAAGAAAACAAUCAUGGGUCUCUUUCAAAGAUCGCAUCUUUCGAUUGCACUCGUGCUUUCUCUAUCGUUUUUGGCUCUUGGGUUCGCCCUAGACAUGUCCAUCAUCGACUACGAUGCAAAGCUUGAGUCCCAGAAUGAGAAUCACCUCAUGAACAUGUAUCAGGCGUGGCUGGUGAAACAUGGUAAGGCCUACAAUGCCUUGGGGGAGAAAGAACGUAGGUUUGAGAUUUUCAAGGAUAACCUACGAUUCAUUGACGAGCACAACAGGGCAGGGAACCCAACCUUCAAACUGGGUCUCAACAAGUUUGCUGAUCUCACCAAUGAGGAGUACCGUGCCAUGUUUUUGGGUACCAGAAUGCGCAGAUCCCAAGGGCUUCUAUCUGGCUCCAAGAAGAGUGAUCGUUAUGUUUAUAAAGAUGGCGAGGAAUUGCCUGCUAUGGUAGAUUGGAGGGAGAAGGGUGCAGUUACUCCUGUUAAAGAUCAAGGCCAAUGUGGGAGUUGCUGGGCAUUCUCUACUGUUGCUGCUGUGGAAGGGAUCAGUCAAAUUGUAACGGGUGACCUCAUCUCUCUAUCAGAACAAGAGUUGGUGGAUUGUGACAAAGGUUAUAACAUGGGAUGCAACGGUGGUUUGAUGGACUAUGCUUUCGAUUUUAUUGUAAAAAAUGGAGGCAUUGAUACAGAAGAAGAUUACCCUUAUCGUGCUCGUGAUAAUACAUGUGAUCCUACCAGAAGAAAUGCUCGGGUAGUCUCCAUUGAUGGAUACGAAGAUGUCCCGGAAAAUGAUGAGAAAUCCAUGAAGAAGGCUGUUGCACACCAACCAAUUAGUGUUGCCAUUGAAGCUGGUGGCAGGGCAUUUCAACUUUAUCAAUCGGGUGUUUUUACCGGCCUCUGUGGAACGGAACUUGACCAUGGUGUUGCAGUAGUUGGAUAUGGAACAGAGAAUGGUACUGAUUAUUGGUUAGUAAGGAACUCUUGGGGUUCAGGAUGGGGUGAGGAUGGUUACAUUAAGAUGGAGAGGAAUGUGUUAAAAACCGAGACUGGUAAGUGUGGGAUAGCAAUGGAGCCAUCUUAUCCCAUCAAGAAGGGUCAGAACCCCCCAAAACCUAGUCCUUCCCCUCCAACUCCUACAAGUCCUUCAACUGUAUGUGAUGAGUACUACUCUUGCUCUACUGGAACCACAUGUUGCUGCAUUUUUGAGUAUGGAAGCUUCUGCUUUGGAUGGGGAUGCUGCCCCAUUGAGUCUGCAACAUACUGUGAUGAUCGCUCCAGCUGUUGCCCUCCUGAUUACCCUGUCUGUGAUACUCAAGCCGGAACUUGCCGAUUGAGUAAAGACAACCCAUUUGGAGUAAAAGCCUUGAGAAGAACACCUGCUACAAGUACUUGGACCCAAAGGAAAGCUGCCAUGAAAAGUAAUUAUGUGUGAAAGAAGUACGGGUGGGGUGGUUUAGGCGUUGUAACUCCGACUUUGGGAGAGACUGACAUCUUGUUGAACUUAUUAAUUAGUUUGUAUUGGUGUUAGUCUCCUUUAAUAUCCACAUGUAAAAUUAAUCAGAGCAUUUCUAUGUUCAAACUGAUUGUUGUAAAUAGCUCUACAACUGCUCACGAGUCAUGCAUUAUGCAUUUCGGAUA